AUGUCAUCUCAGGUUUCUAGUACGAUUUCUUCUCAUGAAUGCCUGGAAGGGAAAUCGUCGUUCGUUCUCAAUCCAUCCAAAAUUCUCGCUCCGGCCGUUUCUGGCUCUCUCGUAUGGCAGGGAGAUGAGCUCAGUCCAACCGAGUACGUAGUCAAGCUCGAUGAUCGCCAUAUCCUGGAUAUCGGAGCAGCUAUAAGCACGAACACCUUCGCUCUUCGCAACCUGGAUUUGGUGAAGAUGCUCUCAUCUAUCAGCAGAGAACUCCAUCACGGUAAAGGUGUAGUUGUUCUGCGAGGUCUAGAUUCUGCUCAUUUUAACGAUGAAGAGGCCGUUAUCGCUUUUGCUGGUAUCUGUUCGUACAUUUGCCCGGAACGAGCAACUGACUCUUAUGCCAACCAGACGCUAAGCCACAUUAUCGACGCUACCAAAAGGCAGAUCCCAGAAGGUUGCCAAGGUAUUGGUUUAGCUGGCUCUAAGGUGACCUCAGCCAUGGAAUUCCACAGUGAUCGCUUCUCAGGCGACGUAAUUGCUCUCCAUGUGCGCAAUGAUGGCGGCUCUGGUACUGGGGGCGAACAGUUUGUCGCGAGCUUUCCAAAGAUCUACAACGAACUCCUAAAAAGAGACCCUGGGGUUCUAGAAACAAUGGCAGAGCCAAAUUGGCCUUUCGAGCUGAAAAAGAAGGAUGGAGCACCCUACCUCGAGUUGGGCUCUACGCUCUUCUUCUCGAAAGGCAAACCUAUGUGCCAGCUCGUAAAGGCUCCACUUCUUGGUACAAGCAAUAUCCCACGUGACCCCUCUAUGCCUCGGGUUACGAAGAAGCAAUUGCAUGCAAUGCGCGUUGUCGAGGAGCUAGCCAGGCACUUCUGCACAAAAGUCGACCGUCAACAAGGAGACAUUCAGCUCUUCCAUAAUUUGAGCAUUAUGCAUGCUCGUGCGGAAUACUAUGGUGCUGGCGAAGGUGCUAGUACCCGUCAUCUGUUGCGCAUGUUCCUUCGCGACUCUAAGAACGCUUGGGAUAAGCCAGCCAGAUGCCGUAGGAGCUUUGACGAUCCAUUCACAUCUAAUAGGCCACAAAGUCUCCCUGUCUUUGACACAGACCCAUGGCGUGCUAUCAGUGGCCGUGAGAGUCACGGUUAA